AUGUCCAAACGAGCAGCAUCAGUUGCUUUUAACGAAAAUGUUAAUAGAAAAGUUGUAAAGGAUGGCAAGAAGCAUUCUUUGGAUUCGGACGAGGAGGACAGUGGUGCUGAGGAAGAGAAACGUAAUGUGUUGAACGCUGAUGAUAUAGAAGGCGAAGAAGAUGGCGCGGGUGGCAUGGAAGGUGAAAUAACAAUAACACCAUUCAAUAUGAAAGAGGAAUUGGAAGAAGGUCAUUUUGACACUCAAGGGCAUUAUCAUUGGAAAAAAGAAAAAGAAAUUAGGGACAGUUGGUUGGAUAAUAUUGAUUGGGUUAAGGUAAAAGAUCAACCUGAAAAUAAAUAUAAGAUACAUAAACCAGAAGGUGAAAUGAGUGUAUUAGAUGAUACAGACUCUGACUCAGAAGAGGAAAAGGAGACGGAAAAAUUUGAUUUAAUAAGAAAUUACAAAGAAAUUGUUAGUCACAUGAAACCAAAGGAGACAAUUGCUAAAACAUUACAGCGCCUAGGUGCGAGCUCUAAAAUGUCCAGCGCUGAGAGGUGGAAGAGGAAAAAAGCUGGAACUCUUGAUGAAGGAAGUCAAGUUGUUACUAGAAUAACUGAGCUGGCGAAUCAAAUUCUUACAAAAACUGGUAACAUGGAUAUAUAUCAGGAAACAUUUGAAAAAAUAAACAAUGUUAUAUCAAAGGAUAACAAAGCAAAAGGAGACUCAGAACUGGACAUGUACGCCGAUGACUUUGAUGUGAAGGAGAAAACUAGUAUGGACACAAAGAAAACAGAAGAAGAACCUGUUGAAAAGGAAAAUCCGGAGAAUUCCAAUGAAGUUAAAUGGGAAUUUAAAUGGUCACAAGACAAUAAUGCAGAGAUCUCUGGACCGCACUCCACAGAACAAAUGCAAAAGUGGUCUACUGAUGGACAUUUCAAAACUGAAGUUUGGGUUCGGAAAUAUGGUGAAGACACACAGUUUUAUAGUUCUAGUAGAAUUGAUUUUGAAUUAUAUCUAUAA